UUCCGAUUACAUCGAUUCUUUUUAAAGAAGGCAAACACAAACCCGAGCGGAGCUGUAGACCGCUGCUGUGAGGAGCGGAGGGACACGGCCAGGGGACACUGAGUGCUGAAACCAGUGCGCCAGUAAGGAGACAAAGCCCACUUCACGAGAGAGAAAGGAGCAGAGGAUGUCCAGAGCUGACUGGUCCUUCCUGGAGCACCUGCUGGAGGAGGGCCAGGAGUAUUCGACAGGCGUCGGCCGCGUCUGGCUCACCGUGCUCUUCCUGUUCCGCAUGCUGGUUCUGGCAACUGCUGCCGAAUCUGCCUGGGAUGACGAGCAAGCCGACUUCGUCUGCAACACGCGACAACCUGGUUGCACCGCCGUGUGCUACGACAAAGCCUUCCCCAUCUCCCACUUUCGCUACUUCGUCCUCCAGGUCAUCUUCGUCUCCACGCCCACAAUCUUCUACUUUGCAUACGUGGCUAUACGGGCAGGGAGAGACAAGAAUAAAGAGGAGGAUGGGAAGGAGGAAGGAGAAGGUGCUGGGGGUAAGAGAGGAGAAACAGCGAUAGAAAGGGACGCUAACAGUGUGAAUAAAGACAAUGCAGAAGAGACGGAGAAAAAAGAGGACGGUGGGAAAGUUAGAAAAGCUGACAGGGCUCCUCCUGAGGCUCCAAAGCUGAAAGGCAGGUUGCUGUGUGCGUAUGCAUUUAGCAUACUGUUAAAAGUCCUCCUAGAAGUCGGCUUCAUCGUAGGACUGUGGUUCCUUUAUGAUGGCUUCUUCAUUUCAGCAAAGUUUGAGUGCACAAGGGUUCCUUGUCCUCACACGGUGGACUGCUUUGUCUCUCGUCCCACAGAGAAGACCAUCUUUACCAUCUACACUCAGGUGAUCGCUGCCAUAUCCCUACUCCUCAACCUCGUCGAGCUUCUCCACCUCCUCCAGCUCGCCAUCUCUCAUCGGCUGGAGAAACGCUACCUUGCCCAGCACCAAGACUACCUACCUUGGUCAGAGCAGGUACCGGCUCAACAGGAGGCUCCAGAACUCCAACAGGACGCACUAGAGUCCUACAGAGCAGGGAGUCAUGUCAACAUCCCCAUGCAGGGGGAGGCUGCGUACUAUCCCAACCCCUGUGAGAGCCAUGGCGAUCUGGCGAUAGAGGUGAACUGGGGACUUGGGGAGACUGGGAGUGACCUGCUUCCCAGUUAUAUGAACUGCAUGGGGGCUAUAAAGACAACACACUCCCCAAGAGUCCAUUAUAAGAAACACGCACACCACACUGGGAAAAACACUAAGGGUGCUUAUAAAGGACACUCCAAGCAGAAACAUUAUGUAUGACGCAUUCAGAUGUGGUGAUAAGUCUCUUAGGACCAUGAAAGGUUUGUUUGGUGUCGUUCAUUUUAUGGUAUAAAUACUAUCCUGCACAUGACACUUGACUAUCGGGAGUGAGAGCUCGAACAACGGAGAAAGGAAGAACAACUAUUGCACUGUGAACUCGAUGCCUCAGAGGCAGGCAGACAUUCAAACAGAGAUUUACGAAAUAAAUGGACCUAUUGAAAACAUUUCAAGAACACUCCUCGAGGCAAAGAAAAUGAGAGUCCACAAUGAGAGAAGAUUACAGUCAUAAGAUGUUACAUUUAAUGGCUUUUAGGGCGGACUGCGACAGUGGAAAAAUACAGUGCGAUGGGGGGUCUGCAGAGGGGCUGGGGAUACGUGUGUAUGGGAGAGUGUGCAGUAGAACCAGAUUUAAGCAUAUUCCUCUGAGAUCUGCACUGUAACUGCUGGAGAUCUUUGAAGCCCCCCCCCCUCCUCGUCUCUCCCUCUCCCAUGGCUCCGUCCACACUGUGGAAUGUACUGGUCUCUAGAUCCCGCUCUGCUCCCUAGAGGAUAAGGCCUGCGUGGAUGCAUGCAUGCACACACGCAAUGUACUUUUUCCCUUUCACCCAGUGAGUCUCGGUCACUCGAGUUGGGGACGUGAACUGGGGGAGACACAGGGGAGCCAAACCAGAGGAAUUCUGGGAUUGUAAGUGAGUUGUCAUUGCCAGUAACCAUAGUAAUUUAGCUAUGAAGAAAGAGGGGCGAGAGAGGAGCACUGCAUACUAGAUCAUGAGAGCUGAAUAAUGGAGGAACGACAAGCAUCCAGUUGGAAAAUCAAACCUUUUUCGAGGGCUUGAGAGGACUCAAAAGAUGCAUUAGUGAUUGCGCAUCGAGUGGACGGAAAGCGGUACAGACAUGUGCAAACUUAAUGACAGUAAAUGACCAAUUUUGUGAAAACUGUAUUUAAUGUUUCAAGUAUUAUGAAAUACCAAUGUUAUUAUUUAUUAUUGUGUGGGAAAUAAAGUUUAAAGUUACAUAAAUUUAUGAAUACAUGGUCAAAUUACGGUAUUAAAAUGAAUAACUAUCAGUAUACGCAUUUUACCUGUUCUACAAAGGAUUUACUGAACAAAAAUUUCAACAUAACACUUUUGUUUUUACUCCAAUUUUUACAGAUUUAAAGAGAGAAAGACUUGUACAUACACAAAUGAAUAAUUUCUAUCAAAUUUUGGUCACAAAAUUGAUAAAAUACGUGUUCAUGAGCACUUCUCCUUUCCCAAGAUAAUCCAUCUACCCGCUGGGAAUGGUAAAUGAUAAAUGGGCCUACAUUUGUACAGCGCCUUUUCUAGUCAUCCGACCACUCAAACCGCUUUUUACACCACGAGUCACAUUCACCCAUUCACACACAUAUUCAUUCACUGGUGGUCGAAGCUACCAUACAAGGUGCCACCUACUACUCAGUUUUUUACACACUCACACACCGAUGGAAGUAUCCUCGGUUCAGAAUCUUGCUCAAGGAUGCUUCACAUGUGGACUGGAGGAGCUGGGGAUUGAACCACUCAUCUUCCGAUUGGUGGACGACCCGCUCUACCUCUGAGCCACAUGAGAAAAGCCAACAAAGUCACAUGUUUUAGGGAGGGUUCCAUAGGCAUGCUGACUUCAGAAAUGUCCACCAGAGCUGUUGCCCAUGAACUAAAAGUUAAUUUCACUAUAAGCCAUCUCCAAUUUGGCAGUACAUCCAACCAGCCGCACAACUGCAGACCACGUGUCCUGACAUAACUUGAGUAUAUCUGUAGCUCUAGUCAUGUGAAAUUCAGAAUUCAUAGUAAUAAAAUAUACUUUUCAAAAUUAAAACUGAACAUUUUCAAGUGGCCUUUUAUUGUGACCAGCCCAAGGCAAAUCUGUGUAAUUCUGAUGCCGUUCACACCUAAAUUUGAAAGAAAUUAGUCUUGUGUGCAUAAAAAGGUCUUACAUCUUUCAUUUAUACUGCUAAAAAAUAGUACAAUAACAAAAGUGUUACAUUUGUCUUAUUGUUUGGGGAAUUAAAGAUGCCAUACAGAGACUAUAUUCCAUACAA